AUGGUGGGAUUUCUUGGACCUGAACCCGACGAGCUUGCUCCAAAUCGACGUCGCCAAAGAAGACGUCGUCGUCUUCAAGAUCCUGGAUCAAUCUUCGGAAUGCCUGAGUUUAUCAUCGACGACAACGGUGAAAUUGUUUUUCUCGAAUCUGAAGAUAGCGACACGUUUUCCACAAUCUCGGAGCGCGAUAAUCGUGAGAGACACGAAAAUAUUGAACCGGAAGAACUUCCGUGUGAGCCGGAGGAAGCUUAUCGCAACCUUUUCGAAUACGUUGCCGAGGAACUCAACCAGGAAAUGAGGGGAAGACGCGUUAACUAUGAAGAUUUCGCUGAUCGCGAAUGGUUCAACAGAAGAAAUGAACCAGACCAAUCGCAGACUCAUCUGGAAUUUCAAUGCCACUAUGACUAUUCCUACGGGUAUGAAUUCGUGAUGGUUCAUCCAAUCAUUGUUGUUAAAUUGAAUGGAAGUGACACAGAUGAGCUGGUUAUUCGAAUGGCUGGAUUUGAUCUCAACGAUGAACCAAUUCGAGAGGAGCCACCAGUGGAUCGUAGACUCACUGAAUAUCUCUAUAGACAGUUGACGGCGCCACAAAAUGGAAGAAAUGGAACACGUCAGAAUCGUCGAAACAAUCGGAAUAAUGCGACAGCCGAAGCGCCAGUGCCAACUCCAGCUCCGCCAGCGGUGCCAGCAGCGUCGGCAAACGUCGACAACGAGGCUUGA